AUGUUUAUAGUGGACUGGAGCGUGCAUUUAUGCACAAGAGUGAUGGCGCCCCUUUUCCGUGCCCUUGUGGAAUUGCCUUUGUCGAUUUUUGUAUGGAAUGGGUUCCAGCUUGUGGCAUUGCCCAUCAACAUUCCAUUGAAGUUAUUUCUGGGUACGUCUCUGAGUCGUUUGGUCGCGCAUACUAGUACUGUUGACUUCUAUGUGGUCUUGACAUUGUUGCAGUACUUUGCUGUGCUUUGUGCUUUCGGCAGUAUUAUAGGGCUUAUCUUCGGAUUCGUGUUGGGUGUGUUCCACUCUAUCUGCGGGGUGCCCAGCGUAUAUAUCAGUCUGGAAUGGAAACCUUGGUUUGUACCGGUACGUACAGUGUUUGAACGUAUCUCCACUACCAUUGUCAACGUCAUGCAAGGACAAAAUAUUGCUCCAAUACCGAUGUCCAAGUCCAGGCCGAUGCCAAAGCCCAUGCACACGGCAAACCUUAAUAAGAAACCAUUCAAAGACGAAGUGGGCGUUGAUGAUACGACUAUAACACACGACAAUAUCGGUUAUAUGACUCCUUGCCAAACCCCUGCUAACGAAAAAAUUCAGCAUUAUAAUAAUGAUUCAUUCAACACGACCACUACAGACGAUGAACCCACUGAUAUUUGGGAUAGGUCCGACACCUACCAAAACUCUUUUGCAACCAGUGAGACUUUGAUGUCUCUUUCUAACAGAGCCAAACUUCGAAAAAAUAUUAGUGAUGUGGACAUCGUUAAUAUCAAGAUUUUAAGAAGGAAUUCAAGGUGA